AUGAGCCCGCCCACUCUGGCAGCCUGGAAUGCUCGUUCCCUUUUAGAAAACCCGAGGAGCAACCGACCGGAAUGGGAGGUAGCGCUUGUAGCUCGAAAGCUGGCCCACCACAAGCUGAACAUUGCGGCUCUCAGCGAGCCCCGGUUUUUCGCACAAGGCCAAAUGAAAGAGGUGGGUGCCGGCCACACCUUCUUCUGCCUUGGGGCAGAAGAAGGUGUGGGCAUCGUCUUCGCCAUUCGAAUGACAUUUUGGGCGACUGCCAUGUCUGCUGCAGGAUAUCAACAAUCGUCUGAUGAGCCUCUGCCUGGCUCUCCGGGGAGGGGGGAGGGUAAGUUCGACACCAUCGUCAGUGUCAGCACCCCACCGAAAACCAGCUCCGACGAGGCAAAGAACAAAUUAUAUGAAGACCAUCAAACCCUAUUGGCGACCGCGCCGAAAGCUGAUAAGCUGAUUUCCCUCGGUAACUUAAACGCCCGCGUUGGCACAGACCAUGCUGCCUGAAAAGGAUUGCUGGGUCCCUAUGGUCGCAGCGGCUUCAAUGACAAUGGUCCACUCCUCCUGUGAACCUGCGCAGAACACCGCCUCAUCUUGAUCAACACCUUUCGCCUUCCAAUGCGGGAGAAGGUGACCUGGAUGCAUCCGUGGUCGCGACACUGGUACCUGCUGGACUGUGUCUUCGUCUAAAGGUGAAACCAGCAGGAUAUACUGGCGACAAAUGCAGUCCCGGGAGCUGACGGGUGUGUCGAAGGUGGUGUGGUCAACAAGACUGAGGUUCCCAAAUCAAAAGUCAUGAAAGACGGUUUGAGUUGGACAACCUUGACUGUUGUAGAUAUACGUACACAAAAGCUCUGUAAGCAGUUGCCGCGAGCGCGCUCUCCAGGCUAGUUGUGCUGUCUGUGUCUGCCGCGGUGGAGCUCAGACCCAGCGCGUGUUUGCGCCUUUAGUCAUCUCAGCUUCCGCCAGCCAAUUAGAGGGACAGCGUUGAUUGGCUUCGAGCACUCACGAGGCUAGUGACAAGCCUCGCGCGUUCCAGCGGCGGAUCUACAAGGAGUGUGAGGCAGACAGGAAGGCAUCGUGACAAGGGCGGAGGGCAAUGGAACGCAAACUGUCACAGAUGGACCAACUAUCGCCUCGUCAUCUCAAAUGUGAGGAUCCGCCUAGAGCUACGCAGGAGAUCUCAAGACAAGAGACCAUCAGGUAAGCUCAAUACUGUUUUUUGAAUGUGCCCGCUCAUCAUCUCCAUUUUAGCAAUGAGGUGGAUUAGUGGAUAGCCAAACUUCCAACCGCCGUCGUCGCCGCUGCCGCCGCUGCCGCCGCCGCCGUCAACUGAGGGGCACAGUCCAGUCAACCGCCCUGGCUGUCCUCGGUCGCGAACGCCGUCAAUAUCAGGACCGGUUCGACGACAGUGUGACCGCCAUCAGCAACCUACUCACAGAGGAGAGCCGACUGCUCAAAGCCUACGUCGUCCACCCCGCCGACGACAAUAAGGCAGCCUUCUAUCGCAGUCGCCACCCUGGGCAACAGUGGCUGCGGGAGAUGCAGGAAGCCUGGGCGGCUCGCAAGGUCAAGGAAAUCCAAGGUUACGCGGACCCCAACGAAUGGACAACCACUUCGCCGUAA